AUGCUGCCAGUGAUCCUGAAGGAUGAGAGAGUGACAGGAGACUGCUAUGUUCAAAUAUUGCAAAAGGUAAAGACCUGGAUUCUUUCUGGAUAUCCUGAGGCUAGAGACAAUCGAAAGCACAACAAGAUCAAUAAGGCCUUCAAGUUUACAUUCCAGCAGGAUGAAGCUGCUUGUCAAACGAGCGCAGUUGCCCAAAAUUUCUCAGGGAUGCGUUCACGAACAGAAUAUUUCACUGCGGCAGGAACUGCUCAAUCUCAGCGGAAAUUUUCCCCGCCUACCCACUACCAUGACCGCCAAAUAGUUUUCGCCAUUAAGCCAUUCUCCUUUCUUUCUUUCUUUCUUUCUUUCUUUCUUUCUUUCUUUCUUUCUUUCUUUGCAGAUCUUUGUUCGUUACUCGUCGUAUAUUCUUUCUUUCCUUCUUUCUUACUUUACAACACUUUGUUUAUUACUCUUUCUUUCUUUCUUUACAAGUCUUUGUUUAUUACUCUUUCUUUCUUUCUUUCUUUCUUUCUUUACAGAUCUUUGUUCGUUACUCGUCGUAUAUUCUUUCUUUUCUUCUUUCAUACUUUACAAGACUUUGUUUAUUACUCUUUCUUUCUUUCUUUCUUUCAUUCUUUCUUUCUUUCUUUCUUUCUUUCUUUCUUUCUUUACAAGUCUUUGUUUAUUACUCUUUCUUUCUUUCUUUCUUUCUUUCUUUCUUUCUUUCUUUCCAAAUCUUUAUAUUUUUUACUCUUCGUAUCCUUCUUUCAUUCUUUCUUUCUUUCUUUCAUUUCCUUUCUUUCUUCAUUUCUUUCUUUUUCUUUCAUUUUUAAUUUCUUUCAAUCUCUAUUUCUUUUUUGUUUCUUUGUUCAUUUUUUCUUUAUUUUUCUUUCUUUCUCUUUAUUCUUUCUUCCUCUCGUUCUCUUUCUUCAUUUCUUUCUUUCUUUCUUUCUUUCUUUCUUUCUUUCUUUCUUUUGUAGAUAUCUUCUCAAUUAUCGACAUUCCAUGAUGUCUCUGGCCUUUUCAGGAUAUCUCACGCCGUUCAUAGCUGUGUGCGUAUCUAUCUAUCUAUCUAUCUAUCUAUCUAUCUAUCUAUCUAUCUAUCUAUCUCAGUUUGUUCAUAUCUAUCUAUCUAUCUAUCUAUCUAUCUAUCUAUCUAUCUGGUCUCUUCAUUAUCUAUCUAUCUAUCUAUCUAUCUAUCUAUCUAUCUCAGUUUGUUCAUAUCUAUCUAUCUAUCUAUCUAUCUAUCUAUCUAUCUAUCUAUCUAUCUAUCUAUCUGGUCUCUUCAUUAUCUAUCUAUCUAUCUAUCUAUCUCAGUUUGUUCAUCUAUUAUCUAUCUAUCUAUCUAUCAUCUAUCUAUCUAUCUUCUAUUCAUUAUCUAUCUAUCUAUCUAUCUAUCUAUCUAUCUAUCUAUCUAUCUCAGUUUGUUCAUAUCUAUCUAUCUAUCUAUCUAUCUAUCUAUCUAUCUAUCUAUCUAUCUGGUCUCUUCAUUAUCUAUCUAUCUAUCUAUCUAUCUAUCUUAUCUAUCAUUUGGAUCAUAUGUAUAUAAAUUUAUCAAUUCCAUGCUCUCUAUCUUUCUCUCUUACUUCAUGCCUAUAUCUAUCUAUCUAUCUAUCUAUCUAUCUAUCUAUCUAUCUCAGUUUGUUCAUAUCUAUCUGGUACAUUCCUAUCUAUCUAUCUAUCUAUCUAUCUAUCUAUCUAUCUGUAUAUGUAUCUAUCUGUAUAUCAAUUUUUGUUAUUACCUAUAUAAAUCAGUUAAUAUCUAUCAUUCUCAUUUUCUAUUUCUUUUUCUCUGUCGUUAUUAGUUCGCUCGUUCCUUCUUUCUUUCUGCAUUUUCUUGCUUCCUUUCCUUUUGUCAAUCGCUGUCUUUUCAUAUCUAUCUAUCUAUCUAUCUAUCUAUCUAUCUAUCUAUCUAUAUUCAGACAUAUUGGUGUACAUCAUACAGGUAUAUCUCACUCCGUUCAUAGCUGUGUGAGUAUCUAUCUAUCUAUCUAUCUAGACAUAAAAACUUUUUCUCGCCACCGUCGUAAUUCGCUGUAUUUGCGUGCAAAGUCCCCUUCCCGCCGUGCUACCCGUCUCCAUUCUUUGAAACCCACCGUGUUCACAAAUGCCCAUCACGUGCGUUUGUUCCCAACGCCGUUACGGAAGCCGCUAUUAUUUGCAAGGCGGGAGGGGCGGUGUGAUGGAGGCAUUUUUCUUCCUGCAUGCAUUUGUCUUUUGUCUCAAACGAGCAAGUCGUUUGACUUUCUUUCUUUCUUCUUUUUUUCCUGCUUCUUGUAUUCUUCCGCGUCUUCUUUUCUUUUCUUUCACUAUUCAAUCUUGUCUUCACGAAAAGAGGCCUAUUUCGUCGUUCAUUCAAUGAAGUAUACUUUUGUGAUUGCAUCGCUACAAACCUCCUAG